UAUUGCAGCUGAAAUGGCUUAUCUUGAGACCAAGAAAUAUCUUAGCACCAUUGGCUUUCUUGUCAUCGUUCUAUGCCUAUUUCCUGCAAUGGAUGAUGCUACUGCAGUGUGGCUAAAUCAUGGAGCUGAUAUUAGCAAUACAAGAAGUGCAAAGGGAGAGGUGCUAAUCAAUCGAUUGACAGUUAAGAAUUUGCGGCUAAAAUGGACAUUCUUUGCCGGUAAAGACAUAUCUGCAACUCCAGCAAUAGCCAAUGGAGUUGUAUAUUUUCCAUCUUGGAAUGGAUUUUUGUAUGCAAUUAAUGCAUUCAACGGUGCUUUAAUAUGGAAGCAGAACCUCAGUCAGCUAACCGGACUAAAUGGCACCGGAAUCGUAGUGAACGUGACCGUGUCAAGAUCAACCCCGACAAUAGCCGACGACCUGUUGCUUGUUGGAAUUUAUGGGCCUGCUGUAGUGAUUGCUGUCGCACGGGCCAGUGGGAGACUUGUGUGGUCUACUCAACUAGAUCCACGCCCUCGAGCACAGAUUACGCAAUCCGGAACAUUUUACAACGGAUUAGUCAUAUGAACAACUAGAUUUCUA